CGUAGCUUUUCUUCCGCCCCUCCUUUCCCCGCUGACAGCCACCUAAUAUUUGAAACUACUUCUUGCUGCAACUUUGUCUUUGUAGUGCAUCUUUUUUCCGUAGGUGUCCGAGUGCAAGGUUACAAGAAGUGAACACGUGAAGAGUGCAACAUGAACAGUGUCCUUGGCACCUUUUUAGCCAUCCUUUUUGCCAUUUCAUCAGCUGCUGGCAGGCCCACAAAUGAAGUCAAAUCCAUCCAUGAGCAAACGGUGAAGGAUACGAGUAAGGAGAUUGCUGCCUAUUCCAAUAUUGCCAUGGAUAUCAUCAAUCUAGCUGUUAACGGGAAUGCUCAAAACAGAUCCUAUAACAGGCUGGCAGAAUUUGUUGACUCCAUUGGGAACAGAAUCAGCGGCUCUGGUAACCUCGAUCAGGCCAUCAAGUACAUGUACAGUGCAUUGAAGGAGAAUGGCCUGGAGAAUGUCCAUUUGGAGCCUGUUAAGGUACCUCACUGGGUCAGAGGCCAAGAGUCCGCCGUCAUGCUGGAGCCAAGGAAUCACACCAUUGCCAUUCUCGGUUUGGGAAGCAGUGUUGGGACCCCUCCAGAAGGUAUUACAGCAGAGGUGCUUGUUGUCCAGUCCUUUGAUGAAUUACACCAAAGAGCACAGGAAGCCAAAGGGAAGAUUGUUGUAUUCAACGAGCAGUUUGUCAGCUAUGGAGAGACAGUCAAGUACAGGGAAUUUGGCGCCUCCGAAGCUGCAAAGGUUGGCGCUGUGGCAUCACUCAUAAGAUCUGUCACACCUUUUUCAAUUAACAGCCCACAUACUGGACAACAAGAUUACCAGGCAGAUGUGGUAAAGAUCCCCGCUGCAUGCAUAACAAUAGAAGAUGCUGAGAUGAUGGCACGCAUGGCACGGAGGAACAUCAGGAUUGUUCUUCACCUUAUGAUGGGAGCACAAACCUACCCAGAUGCUUUGUCCUACAACACCGUGGCAGAAAUUGUGGGCAGUCAGUUUCCCAAGCAGGUGGUGUUAGUGAGUGGCCAUUUGGACAGUUGGGAUGUUGGUCAAGGAGCCAUGGAUGAUGGUGGUGGCGCUUUCAUCUCCUUUGAAGCCCUUUCUCUCAUUAAAGACCUUGGUUUGCGCCCCAAGAGAACCCUAAGAUUGGUGCUUUGGACCGGUGAGGAGCAAGGUGGCGUUGGAGCAAGCCAGUACUUCGCGCUUCACAAGGUGAACAUCUCAGACUUUGACCUGGUAAUGGAGUCUGACAUCGGUACUUUUACUCCUUUGGGCAUUGGGUUUACUGGGAGCAGUGAAGCCCGUAAAAUCAUGGAGCAAGUCAUGAGCCUGCUGGAAUCUAUCAACGCCACCAAUCUUUUUCAGAAAGGCGAGGGGACCGACAUUAACUUUUGGAUUCAAGCAGGUGUGCCAGGUGCCAGCCUGCUCACUGAGAGCAGCAAGUACUUCUGGUUCCACCAUUCAGAGGGCGACACCAUGAGUGUUCAGGACCCCAUACAGAUGAACCUGUGCUCCGCCGUGUGGGCGGUCGUCGCCUAUGUUGUCGCUGACCUGCAGGAGAUGCUGCCCAGGUAGUGCGCACCUCCACCAUCGUAAUCAGGGAGAUAAAGAGCCACGUGUUCUUCAUGUCAAAUCAGAUGAUUUUUAAUUUUGCUUUUUAAACAUGAAUGUCGGAGUUUUUGGAGGAAACUACUGUCCAUUUUCUGAGUUUGUAUACCUCUUAGUAAUUCUUCCAACUCUGCAGGUCAUUUUUCACUUUUGAAUUUUACAAUAUGUACACUCUUUUGUUAUUAGUGUAAAAAUAAAGACGUGCAUUCUUCUCCA